AUGGAUCCCAUCUCUAUCACCGGUCUUGUGAUAGAGGUCAGUCAUGUCCUGGCUAGCCUCGUUGAAUAUGCGAAAGCCGUGCAGAGUGCAAGUUCCGAAGUACGGAGGCUAAGCGAAGAGCUAUUUGCAUUGAAGGGCAUAUUGGAUCACCUGGCAAUACAAACAGAGCAGACUCAUUGCGAUGAGAAGGGCUCCGAAUCGCUUUCCUUUGACGGGGAUGUGAUGUCAAGAGUGCUGUACACGACAAAUGAGUUGAUCCGAACCCUGCUCGCUGAUCUAGAGCCGCCGGAGACUAAAUUUAAGCAUCUCAAACGGAAUCUCAGAUGGCCUUUCACGCAAAAGCAAGUCAGUGAGCAUCUUGUUCGACUGGAGAGAGUCAAAUCUUGGUUGAUCUUGGUCCUCAUGACAGACCAUCACUCUGCGGACCAUGGCAUCCAGCAAGAGAUUAAUGAUUUGACGAGUGCCCUGAAGGAAGAUUUGCGGAUUCGAGAUCGCGAGCGUAAUAGGAUGGCAAAUAGAGAACUACUCCAAUGGAUGGCCCCUGUAAGUCCAGAGAGCGCUCAUUUGCGAGCCUCCAAGCGGUAUCGUAUGAAGACUGGUAAUUGGUUCCUGUCUGGCCAUUUGAUGGAAUUCCUCAAGACAGAGGAAAAUCCUUUGCUUGAGGAUAAUCGGGCCCUAUUCCUUUUAGGAAAAUCUGGGACUGGAAAAACCACACUAUUUGCCCAGACCGCAGACAAACUUACAUCCAUGUCCUCUCAAGACCCAUCUAUAUGUGUUGCUUAUUUUUAUUGCACGAUCGGUGAUCAGGCGUCUCAGGUUGCAAGGAAUGUGCUUGGGUCACUUGUUGCCCAACUGUCUGGUGUGGACCCUCCCAUAUUGACCGAUAUCUGGUCUACAUACAACAAGGUCCCGAAAAGCCAAGCCCAUCGCUUCCCGGUGGAGAUCAGUAUCCUGGAGACCGCUAUCUUGAAAUGUGCUUCCCAAAAAACGCAGGUCAUCCUGUUGGUGGAUGCAGUCAACGAGAGCAAGGAUAUGGACCUGAUUGAAGAAUCUCUCCUCAGGCUUGCGAAUUCAUGCCCCAAUAUCCGUGUGCUCAUAACAACAACAAACUCAUUGGUCUCAACUUAUCGCGGUGGAUCGCUGUUGAACAUAAGCAGAGAGAUGCGCGGGGAUAUAGAUAUCUUCAUUCGAUGGCGCCUCCAAACCGACGAUACUCUCAAGAGUCUGACUCCAAAGUUCCAAUCGGAGAUUGAGAAGACUCUCCUUCGCAACGCAGAUAGCUCUUUCCGCUGGGUCCAACUCUCCCUGGAUAAUCUGAGUACCCAACGAUCCAUCCGAGCAAUGCGAGAAGCACUCCGCAGUCUCCCAGUAACCCUACGAGAAACCUACGCAAACACACUGGAGCGAAUAGCACCAGCCGAUUGGAAUAUCGCCCGCGAGGCUCUUUUCUGGAUAAGUUUCGCCAAGAAACCACUCACGCUAAGCCGACUGAACGAAAUCGUCGUUCUGGACGAAGCAGACAAAGUCCUAGACGAAGACAUGAUGCUCGUCCCUCCACAUAUCCUCCUCCAAAUAUGUCAAGGACUCAUCACAGAAGACCAAGACGGCUGCGUGACUCUCGCUCACUCUUCUGUCAAAGACUUCCUGACAUCCGACUGGAUUCGCUCCUCCCGCGUCAACUAUUUCUGCCUUUAUCCCACGACCGCAGACCUCAAGAUCAUGAACAGGUGCCUGACCUACCUGUGCCUGGACAAUUUCGCAAAUGGGUACAACACUCAAAACCACCUGAAACUGCGCGAUCAGCAUCCCUUCUUGACCUACGCAGCAAACUACUGGCCCGAACACGGUGACGCGUGUCAAUUCGGUGAUCUAGACAUGGUCCACAAGCUAUUCGAGACAAGGUUUCUUCCAGGCCGAGGCAAUUAUGCCACAUGGCUACAGACUCUAUUUCGACAGACCGUUUCACGGGAGCAGGAUCGUGCAACGAUCAACAACACGCAUCCUUUGUACUACGCAAGCUCAUUUGGGAUGGUUCCCGUGGUUAAGUCCAUACUCGAGGAUCCGAAUAUCAAUGUGAAUGCGCCUGGUGGUCGUGUUGGGGCGACGUCUGUGUGGAUAGCUAGUCUACGAUUCAAUUACGAGGUGGUAGAGAUUCUGUUGGCUGCUGGGGCUGAUCCGACGAUUCGAGAUCCUGGAAGUGGGCUUCAUGUGCUUGAUCUUUUAAGGAUGGUUCCGACUGUUGGGCGGAACUAUAAUGGGCUGAGGCCUAUACUGGCGAAACCGGCACCUUGGAAGGAGAAGGUGGGAAAUUGA